GCGCCCGCUCCAUCCUGUCCUGCAAUCAGUGUUUGGGGGACGACCAUGAACUGCUUCCGUUUAUGGCUCACGCCGUCUGUGCGCUUUGGGCCGACCAAGGAGUGCAAGCAGCUGCAGCCAGAGGUUACGAGUUUGAGCUGAAUGACUCUGCGCUCUAUUUCUUCGAAAACAUUAGUCGAAUCAUCGCUCCCAAAUACGUUCCCACGGAGACUGAUGUUCUGAGAGUGCGAGUGAGGACCUGUGGAAUCAUUGAGACGCAGUUUCAACUUAAUGAAAUUAUCUUCCGGUUGUAUGAUGUCGGGGGCCAGCGGAGUGAGAGGAGGAAGUGGCUCAGCUGCUUCGACUGCAUUCAGGCUGUGCUGUUCGUCGUGGCCCUCAGCAGCUAUGACAUGACACAGACGGAGGACCCUUCAGGGAAUCGACUGCAGGAAAGUCUUGAACUUUUCACAUCCAUCUGCACCAGCACAGUCUUUGGGAGCACUUCACUGAUUGUGCUCAUGAACAAAACGGACCUUUUCCGGGACAAGAUCCUAAACUCUGACAGACACUUGAGAUUUUACCUCUCUAGUUACAAAGGAGCCGAUGGUGACGUGGACGCUGCAGCCCACCACAUCGCUGCCAUGUUCUCAUCAUGUAACUGCAGCGCAGACAAACUCGUGUACCACCACUUCACCACGGCCACAGACACCACCAACGUACAGGUGGUCUUCCACAUGGUCAUAGAUCAGGUUAUGAAGGGGAAUCUAGCAGCUGUCCAGCUGCUGUAAAAGUCCCCGAGUGUCUGUUUAGAUUGUGUUUCGUCAUUCAGUGCUGGAAUUUUAAUUUUGGUUGUUUUUAGCCAAAUUGUUUAUUUUAAAAUAAGUUAUUUUAGUAGCUAAUAAUUUAACAUAAUAAUGUUGCACUUUUUAAAACCCUUUAAAUAAAAUAUUUAUUGAUAA